CACUUGGUUUCGCUUUCCUUUUCCUUUGGUUUCAUGCGGAGUGUGAGCUCGUGAGUGUGUGCGUGGAUGUGUGUUAGAGCCUCACCAGGAGAUUAGGCUGUUGGAGGCCAAAGGGCGGCUUACAGUUCUCUGCUUUAGUCGCUGAACUCCUGAAUGUUUUGGAGAAACAGGAAACAGAAAAUAGCAGAUGUCAUGGAGGAAAGAGGAUAAACAACGACCAAAAAAAAAGGGGGAGAAAAAAAGCUCACACCCAAAUUCACAAAACCUAUUUUUUAAACCAAGCACAUCUUGAAUGCGUGUGGAACCUCAAUGGGCUCAGAAAAAAAGAUACUAAUAUAUUUAUCUCAUUGUUUGUUUACAUAAACUUUUACAGUUUCAGACCUCAGCAGAUAAAAGGCCAGUCCCAGUGAAUCCCAGCUUCCGCCGGAGCCCCUUCUGAGUAGGCCCUGGGGCGGGCGUGGAGGCCCCUGAGCCCUCCUCCCAGCCCGGCCUCUCCCAGCCCAGCUGGCCCCCCCCAGGCCUCCUGGCCAGACCCUGGCGGUCCUGCCAGCUGGCACAGCAGGGGUGGCUGUCACUUGUGGCCGCAGGACCUGAGCCUGGGCUUGGGCCCUUGGGAUGGAGGUGCGCCCCCAUCCCACUGCUCUGCCUGCGACCCUCGGGUGUGUUGAUGUGAGGGUCCCUCUCGCGCCAAAAAGCCUGGAACUUUGCACAGCUCCGUGGGCUCCGGCGGGUCACCGCCCUCUGGGGACCCCCACCUCCACCCCGGCCGUGGGAGGGGCUCACUGGGCAAACACUGCACGGACGGCGCAAACGCUCUGAACAGUGUUGUUUUUGUAUCAAUGUCUGUGCAGUGACGAAUGUAUUUAUUUCGCAGACUUGGGGCGAGUGAGCGGCAGACCGGGCUCCGCCACCGCACGCUCCCGCCAGACCCAGCCCACCGCCGCCGGGGCUCCUCCAGGAUUGCAGAAAAGGUAAAGAAGGAAAGAGGAACCUUUAAGCAAAUACGAAUCUCAGACUCGCAGCAUAGCCACACACCUCAGCCUGUGAAACGAACAAUCUGGACCCAGACGGACUUUCAGAACCUCACGCAGCCGUGGGCUACCCUGACUCCCACCCGUCAGAAUGCACUGGACUGGCCGUGUGCAGGAAUGCGAUCCACCAGGGACCCCGGCCGCGCUGGCCGUGGCUGUCCGGAGUCGGGGCCCGGCUCGGCAAAGACCCAGGCUGUAGAUUCUCAUCUGCUAAACAGCGGUGUGGCCAGCUCCAGCCUUCCUGGGCCCUUUCGGGAAUUUUAAACACUCAGGGAAGGUGGCCACGUGACAACAAAGGCAGAGACUGGAGUGAUGCAUCUAUAGGCCAAGGGACACCAAAGAGUGCCAGUAACCAUCAGAACCUGGAAAAAGCAGGCAAGGAUCCACACCUAGAAUCUCUGGAGGAAGCACAGCCCUGCUGACACCUUGAUUUUGAACGUCUGGCCUCCAGAACAGAGAGAAGAACUUUCUGUUGUUUUAAGCCGCCAUGUUUGUGGUAUUUCAUCGUGGCAGCUACGAGACCUAACGGAAUAUCCACGGAUCCGUAAGAAAAACUCACACGUGGGAGCAGGGUGGACAAGGAGGUUUGCUGCAGGGUCGUUCGGAACUGCAAAAACUGGGACUCACCUAGAUAUCCAUCCAUAGGGGAUCAGAGGCAGGAGAGGGUCCUGGCAGUUCAUUCAGCUAGAAUUCGAAAUACGGCUCUGUUUUUGCUGGACCUGUUUUCAUCGUCACCUGCAGAGAUCCUGUAACAAACACUGGUCUCCUCUCAUUCGUUGAUUCCGUCCAUCAGUCAGUCAACAAACAUCUACUGUGCCAGGCAUUUUCCACGUGCUGAGGACACACAGUGCGUGAGACAAAGGGGUCAGCUUUCUUGGAGCCCACGGAUAAUAAAAGAGGUGGCCUGUGAGUACGGCAUGGUGCACGUGGUGUCCGAGACCGGGGGCCCCAAAGGCAAAGACUACUGCAUCCUCUACAACCCGCAGUGGGCCCACCUGCCGCUCGACCUCAGCAAAGCAUCUCUUCUGCAGGUGCGGGACUGGACGACCUCCGUGCUCUGCUCUCCGGCCGACCUCCCUGCCAAAGGCUUCAGUAACCAGAUCCCCCUGGUGGCGCGGGGGAACUGCACCUUCUACGAGAAAGUGCGGCUGGCCCAGGGCAGCGGGGCGCGUGGGCUGCUCAUCAUCAGCAAGGAGACGCUGGUCCCCCCAGGAGGCAACAAGACGCAGUACGACGAGAUCGGCAUUCCCGUGGCCCUGCUCAGCUACAAAGACAUGCUGGACAUUUUCGAGACUUUCGGCCGGGUGGUACGGGCAGCACUGUACGCCCCCAAGGAGCCCAUGCUGGACUACAACAUGGUCAUCAUCUUCAUCAUGGCUGUGGGCACCGUUGCCCUCGGGGGCUACUGGGCCGGGAGCCGGGACGUGAGGAAGAGGUACAUGAAACACAAGCGGGACGACGGGCCCGAGAAGCACGAGGACGAGGCUGUGGACGUGACGCCCGUCAUGAUCUGCGUGUUUGUGGUCAUGUGCUGCUCCAUGCUGGUGCUGCUCUACCACUUCUACGACCAGCUCGUCUACGUCAUCAUCGGCAUCUUCUGCCUGGCCUCCUCCACGGGCCUCUACAGCUGCCUGUCACCGCUCCUCCAGAGGCUGCCGUUCUGCAGAUGCAGGGUCCCUGACAACAGCCUGCCCUACUUCCACAAGCGCCCUCAGGUCCGCAUGCUGCUCCUGGCGCUGCUGUGCGUGGCCGUCAGUGUGGUGUGGGGCGUCUUCCGGAACGAGGACCAGUGGGCUUGGAUCCUUCAGGACGCGCUGGGCAUUGCCUUCUGCCUCUACACCUUGAAAACCAUCCGCCUCCCCACGUUCAAGGCCUGCACGCUGCUGCUGCUGGUGCUGUUCAUCUACGACGUGUUCUUCGUGUUCAUCACGCCCUUCCUGACCAAGAGUGGGAACAGCAUCAUGGUGGAGGUGGCAACCGGGCCGUCAGACUCGGCCACCCACGAGAAGCUCCCCAUGGUGCUGAAGGUGCCCAGACUCAACGCCUCGCCGCUGGCCCUGUGUGACCGGCCCUUCUCCCUCCUGGGCUUCGGGGACAUCCUGGUCCCAGGGCUGCUCGUGGCCUACUGCCACCGCUUCGACAUCCAGGUGCAGUCCUCCAGGGUCUACUUCGUGGCCUGCACCAUCGAAGGACCUACCUCAGUCGCCGUGGGCGCCAGCCUCUGCCGACGGCCCGCAGCCCCAGGCGGACUCCGACGCCGCCCCCUCCCAGCAGCCUCCCGGCCCAGAAGCGGCCCCGUCCCCUCCGCCCGCGGAGCAGCCCCCAGAGUCGUCGGCUCCCGAAGAGAGCGGGGCCGGCGCGCCCCCCCAGGAGCCCGAGAGUCCGGCAGGCCUCGGCCCCGGCCCCUCGGCCUAGGGGAGGGCGCAGACUCGGCCCCCGCGCCCCGGGACUGGACCCGCGCGGCCCCCAACUUGGUGCUCUGGCCUGGCCGAUGCACACGUCCUGCUCCAGCCCGGCCACACCCCGGACCCCAGCCCUGCUCCGAGCUCGCGUGGCUGCCAAGCCCCCGGCCGGCUGAGGCCAACCCCGCGCGCGCGCCCCGCUUCCUGCGGCGGUGGUGCCCCGGGAAGGGCGGGGCCGUCACCUUCGCCGUUGGCCGCGGACACGCCCAGUUUGGUGCUUGCCCUGCUGCUGCUUCCCUUCGGGUCCGGGCCGGGAGAGGGCGGGUCUCUGGCUCCUGGUGGAGGGGCGCCUUUGCCCAGCAGGGCCCCCAGGGGUUUGGACUGGACGUCGCCGCAGCCUUGGGGGCCCGCGGUGAGCGCCGAGCCCUGCGCCCGGCCCGUCCAUCGCCCGGAAGCGCCCAGCGCCUGUGGUCCAGCUCCUCCAAGUUUGAAUAAACGGCCACGACUUUUUGAAAUUCUGAUAGUGUCGCCUCGUGGGGUGCGAGCCCUUCGGACUGCCUCUCUCGGGGGCGGGGCUGGUGCCAGGCCGGUGGCCCCAUCUUGCCUUUCAGCUCAAGGGAACUCGGCUCCCACCCUCGCCACAGGCACCCGCACGCUCUCAGCACCCUAUCCAGUGCACGCACCUCGGCCUCCAACUCCAGCACGGGGGACGGGGAGCUUCUGGAAUGCGGGAGGAUAUUCUGGAACUGGCGUUAUGUCUUCUACCUCACGGACAGGGUUCUCUGAACCUCACGACGGAGAUGCCGCCGGCCCCCGUGUCACCGCCUGGCGACAGAGCCGGCGCCCGGACAGGCACCCGGGGCUGCUGAUCGCCAGGGCCCCGGCCCGCUCCCCCCCCCACCCCCCCCAACACCCCGUCCGCGCCGCUGCGCUGCACACAGCAGGCGGGGGCGACCACGGUCCAUUCCACACAAUACCAGCGCCAGCCAGACUCACAGCCUCUCAGCCACGCCUCUCGAGGAAGAAACGAUGUUUAUUCCUAAAAAAAAACAGAAGGCGUCUCCCACCUGCUUCUGUGUGUUUCUCAAAAGAACAGGUGAUCCGGUGGGAGGGCGGGGCUGGAGCAGCUGGACCUGCCCAGCCCCACGGGAGCCCCUGGCCUUAGAGGCCGGGACCAGGACGCAGCCACGGGGCAGCCUUGGGGGAAGGCCCGAGCGGACCUCCGCCCUCCCUCUAGGGACUGCGCCUUCCUCUAAGCCAUUUUGUACGUCGGUAAAGAGCGCGGAAUCUCUUUUUUCUGUUUUGUUGGUUUGACAAACGUCAAAGAAAUCAAAGGAGGAUGUUAGUUCCUGAAGUUUCAGUUUGCAGUUUUUGCCUUGCUUCUGUUUGAAUCUUAUAAUUAAACACAGCUUUUGAUACUUA